UAAUGGGUCCACUGGCGGACAAGGUGGGCCGCCUGCGCACCAUAGCUGCCUGCCUGCUGGUGCUGCUGGCCUGUUUCGGAGGCAGCAUGGCCGCACCCACCUUUGAUGUGUUCCUGGUACUCAGGUUCGUCUCCGGCUCUGUCACCAUCGGCAUGAUCUUGUCCACGUUCGUGCUGGCCUCGGAGGUGGUGGGCGCCUCCCAGCGCGCCUUCUGCGGCAAUCUGAUGAGCGUCAUGUUCGCGCUGGGCAUCCCCGUCCUGUCGGCGGCGGCUAGCCUCAUCCACAGCUGGCGCCACCUCUACUUGCUCUUCACGCUGUUCGGCUGCGCGUACUUCAGCGCUUACUUCUACCUGCCGGAGAGUCCGCGCUGGCUGCUGCUGAAGGGUCGGGAGGAGGCGGCGCUGCGCGUGCUGCAGCGCAUCGCCCGGUGUAACGGCACCACGCUGCCGGCCGGGCUUAAGCUGCGCUCGGCCGCGCCACGCGCUGCACCUGUCGCCGAAGGCGUUUGCUCCCUUUUCAAGUACCGCAAAGUGGCUGUCUGGACGCUGGUCAUGAUGUUCUCGUGGUUCACCAACAACCUGUGUUACUACGGCCUGACGUCGGCUUCGGCCACCAUGGGCAGCGACCGCUUCACGUCAGUGGCGCUGAGCGGCCUCAUCGAGCUGCCGGCCUACGCCAUCGUGAUGCUGGUGCUGAACAGGGUCGGUCGCCGCACGCCCCUCUGUGGCUUCAUGCUGCUAGGCGGCGGCUGCUGUCUGGGCAUCAUGGGCCUGCCGCACGGCGACGCCAGGCUCGCCCAGCUGCGCAUGCUGCUCGGCCUGAUCGGCAAGCUGUGUGCGGCGGCAAGCUUCUCCAACGACGUGAUGGCCGACCUGCACUUCGCGGUGUUCGGUGCGCUGGCGGUCGGCUCAGGCCUGCUGAACCUGAUGCUGCCGGAGACGCUGGGCCGCCCGCUGCCGGAGACGGCGGGGCCGGCACGCGGCCAGACGCUGUCAGAGCGCAUCCUGUCGCUGUUCUUCCGGCACACGUGCGAGGAUCUGCGCCACUCGCUGUUCGAAGUGAACGCGCUCAGUGACUGCUCCGAGGAGCUCGGUUGUCCGCUGAACCAGCACUGCGAGCCGUUCACCUGCCACGGACUGUUUGUGCACAGGUGCGUCGCCAACUUCGCCGAGCAUGCCGCCUGCCAGCGUGGCUCCCAGUGCAGCUCGAACUUCUGCCACCCGACCAGCUCUACGUGCGAGGCGCGCGAGGGCGCCUGCCCGGAGGACAUGCUGAACGCGGGCGGCACCUGCCUCGGCCUCUCGCCGUUCCGCGCCGCCUCCUGGUCGGACUCGCGCGCCGAGCAGCAGAACCUGCAGACGUUCUUGGUGCUGCGCCGCGCCGCCGCCGAACAGCCGUACAUCGGCGUCUCGGACACGCAGACCGAGGGCGUGUUCCGCUUGGACGCGGACGGCUCGCGCAUCGACGACGGCUUCAGCGCCUUCGCGGCGACCGAGCUGGCGCGGAACGACGAGUGGCUGAGCUGCGCCACGCAGCGGCCGGUGAGCCUGCAGCCUAGCGAGAACGGCUGGGCGCUGAGCCGGUGCGACGCCAGCCGACGCUUCGUGUGCCAGGCGGACCCGGCGUUCGGCGCCUGA